AUGACAAUGUUUGGCGGAGAACCCGCUGCAAUCGGGCACUCCUUUGCAUUCGAACCCGUUUUAUAUGAAGAAGACAAAGAGAACUUUGACGAGGAGAAGAUGGACAUUUCAGAGAGAGAUGCCGCAGUAGAAAGAGGCUACAUAAGCCCUGGAGGACGAGCAGAGGCCUUAAAGAAGAUCCGCGAAUUGGAUGUUGAAGUCAUGAGAUUGAUUAGCAUUGCAGUAACAGAGGCUAGCGAAAAGAAUGCCUCGAUCAAGGAUGCUCUGGAAAAAUGCAGCGAAGCACUGGCGCGCGUGGAGAAGUCGAGCAGUGUGCUGUGGCCGAGGGAGGCCCGGUUCCGGCGCCACAUGGCCCAGAUGCUGGACAUGCAGAACUAUAGAGGGCGGGCCAGGAAGCAGCGUAAGCUCGCCGCCGAGGUGGAGAAGAUGAUAAGAGAGCGCGGAAUAUUGAUGAUUCACUCGUGGAAAGUACACGCACGUUGA